AUCACCAGCAGCCAGUCCGCUGCCUACGCCGUCAGCAAGUUCAUCAGCGGCGUCCUCUCCGACCAGAUGAGCGCGCGCUGGCUCUUCUCCUCCGGUCUGCUGAUGGUGGGGCUGGUCAACGUGGUCUUCUCCUGGAGCUCCACCGUCACGGCCUUCGCGGGGCUCUGGUUCCUCAACGGCCUGGCGCAGGGGCUGGGCUGGCCGCCGUGCGGGAAGAUUCUGCGAAAGUGGUUUGAGCCUUCCCAGUUUGGGACUUGGUGGGCAAUCCUCUCUACAAGCAUGAACUUGGCUGGAGGCUUAGGCCCCAUCGUUGCUGCUCUUGUGUCUCUGCACUAUGACUGGCGUGUGACUCUGUCCUUCUCUGGCUUCAUCUGCGUGGUGGUCUCUUUCGUCUGCCUUGUCCUGAUUAAAAACGAGCCGUCGGAUGUUGGGCUGCCCAACGUUGAACCAGGACCCAAGAAAGGGAAGAAAGAUCCCUCCAGUGACAACAGCACUUUGACGGAGUUGCUACUCUCACCGUACCUCUGGGUGCUCUCAACAGGCUACCUUGUCGUGUUUGGAGUGAAAACAUGCUGUACAGACUGGGGACAGCUCUUCCUGAUCCAGGAGAGGGGACAAUCCAUGCUUGUGGGUAGUUCCUACAUGAGUGCCUUGGAGAUCGGGGGCCUGGUGGGAAGCAUUGCUGCCGGAUACCUUUCUGACAGAGCAGUAGCGAGAGCAGGUCUGUCAAGCUACGGGAACCCUCGGCACACGCUGCUGCUUUCCAUGAUGGCUGCUAUGUGCAUCUCCAUGUUUCUCUUCCGGGUCACAGUCACGGGCGAUUCUCCCAAGGAAAAUCACUUCUGGACUGUAGCCUUGCAACCUCUAGCUGAUCUCACAGGCCUAAAAGAACACGAGCUGUGGAUCCUGACUCUGGGAGCCGUGUUUGGGUUUUCCUCAUAUGGACCGAUCGCCCUGUUUGGGGUCAUAGCCAACGAAAGUGCCCCUGCCAACCUGUGUGGCACUUCCCAUGCCAUAGUGGCCCUCAUGGCCAAUGUUGGGGGUUUUCUGGCUGGACUGCCCUUCAGUACCAUUGCCAAGUACUACAGCUGGGCCACGGCCUUCUGGGUAGCUGAGAUCACCUGCACCGGCAGCACGGUGGCUUUCUUCCUCCUGCGGAACAUCCGCACCAAGAUGGGCCGUGUCCCCAGGAAGGCCGACUGA